AAGUUGCCGGGUGGAUUGCUCUGUCAUCUGUUAAAGACCUCGUGAUCAUUACCCUCUUAUUCACCGUUCAACAUCAACGGUUGCAUUGUGGCAAACGACCAGAAGAAAAAACAUCAACAUCGGAACUACACAGUAAAGACACACACGAUGAUCUUUUGGCUAUGAGACACCAGGAGCCAUGGCGAGUUGGCACCGGAUAACUGCUUCCUCUUCGUUGCUCCAAGUCGGUUUGUUAUUGUUGCUGUUGUCGGCUCAGAGCAGCGGGAAACCGCGAGAGAAAUGUCUCGGAGACAAGUCAUGUCAGCCCCCAAGACCUCCCGUUGUCCUCAUCCCUGGGGAUCUGGGAAACCAGUUGGAAGCAAAGCUGGAUAAACCCAGUGUCGUCCAUUACAUCUGCUACAAGAAGACUGACUCCUUCUUCACACUGUGGCUCAACCUGGAGCUGCUGGUCCCUGUAGCCAUUGACUGUUGGAUAGACAACAUAAGAUUGAUCUACAACAGGACUGCACACACCACCUCAUCCCCUCCGGGUGUGGAUAUCCGCGUCCCAGGGUUUGGAAAGACGUAUUCACUGGAGUAUUUGGACCCCAGCAAACGCAGUGUGGGCAUGUAUUUCUUUACUAUAGUGCAGGCGCUGGUAGACUGGGGCUACACUAGAGAUGACGAUGUCAGAGGAGCUCCAUAUGAUUGGAGGAAAGCCCCAAAUGAGAAUAAAAAGUAUUUCCUAGACCUACAGAAGAUGAUUGAAGAGAUGGCAAAUAAGGCUGGUGGGCCUGUGGUGCUCAUUGCUCACAGUAUGGGCAACAUGUACACCUUGUACUUCCUCAACCAGCAGCCUCAGGCUUGGAAAGACAAAUACAUCAAAGCUUUCAUCUGUCUAGGACCACCAUGGGCCGGGGUGGCCAAGACCCUGCGCGUGAUCAUCUCUGGUGAUAAUAACCGCAUUCCAGUGAUUAGCCCAUUGAAGAUUCGCUCCCAGCAACGUACUGCUGUCUCCACCUCCUGGCUGCUCCCCUACGCCCAUUCUUGGUCCAGAGAUGAGGUCCUGGUGCAGACACCCACCACCAACUACACUAUACAGGACUACAAACGGCUCUACUCAGACAUUGGUUUUGAGGAUGGCUGGCUGAUGCGGCAGGACACAGAGCCACUGGUAACCAAACUUACACCCCCCGGUGUGGCUGUUCACUGCUUAUAUGGCAGCGGCAUCAACACAUCUGAGGCCUUCCGGUACUCCGACAAGUUUCCCGAUGUAGAACCCACGGUGGUGUUCGGUGAUGGGGAUGGGACAGUGAACCUGCGAAGCGCCAUCCAGUGCAAGCAGUGGGUGGGAAUGCAGAAACAGCCUGUGACAUUAAAGGAGCUUCCAGGGAAUGAACAUGUGAAUAUGUUGCUGAACUUUACCACUGUGGCUUACAUCAAGACCGUGCUGUUCUCACCCUGAUGCUGGCAAACAAUGAGGGACAGGCAGGCAGGGAGACCGCUUUACUCACACUCACUGUAAUAUUCAGUGUGUACACUGACACAUGCACACAGCGACAUGACGGACAGACUGGGACUGACUCAUCUUGUCUGUCUCUCUGUGCAUUGACUGCCAAAAUAUCCUCCUGUACAUGCCACAUUGCUCAAGAAAAGUGUUGAAAUUUUGUAGUGCAAUUGCAGAAUCAAAGUUUUAAAUUAAUUUUUAUAGCUAUAGUUAUUCAAUCUAUGUUAAUGUCAAGUUGUUUACUGUUGAAUAAGCCUAAACAUGAUGACUUUUAUAUUGGUCCCAGAAUACAUUUUAAAGAACCCAAGAUUUUACCUACUACAUCCAUGUUUGGAGAAAGGACAUGUCAAAACCCAGGGAAUUACUGUAUGUGCCACUUUCUGAGUUAUUAAUCAAACUCAGAUCUUUAUCAGUGUUGUGCAAGAGCUUUCUAAACUCUGACUGUAAUCGCUGGGCUAAAUAAUUUAAUUUGUAUCUUUCACAGUGCAGCAGGUCACAUGUAUCAUUGCUUGGUAUAUAUGAACAUAUACUGGUAUAAAUGAAUGAGUUCAA